AUGGCUGACGGCUCAGGUGGAAUUGACCGCAAUGCGGAAGAUAAGAUGGAGUUCUCGACUUCCAAGGAGGUCACCGUCCAUCCUACUUUCGAGUCCAUGUCUCUGAAGGAAAAUCUCCUUCGUGGCAUCUAUGCCUACGGUUACGAAUCGCCCUCGGCUGUUCAAUCACGCGCCAUCGUUCAAGUUUGCAAGGGCCGCGACACCAUUGCACAAGCCCAGUCUGGUACUGGUAAAACCGCGACUUUCUCUAUUAGCAUGCUGCAAGUCAUCGACACUGCUGUUCGCGAGUCACAAGCUCUAGUCCUGUCACCUACGAGAGAACUUGCGACACAAAUCCAGUCCGUUGUCAUGGCGCUGGGUGACUACUUGAACGUACAGUGCCACGCCUGCAUCGGCGGUACCAACGUCGGGGAGGAUAUUCGCAAGCUUGACUACGGUCAGCACAUUGUGUCUGGCACCCCCGGUCGAGUCGCCGACAUGAUCCGCCGACGCCAUUUGCGUACGCGUCAUAUCAAGAUGCUGGUACUUGAUGAAGCAGAUGAGCUUUUGAACAAGGGAUUCCGAGAGCAAAUCUACGAUGUCUACCGCCACCUCCCUCCUGCAACUCAGGUCGUCGUUGUUAGCGCUACUCUGCCAUAUGACGUGUUAGAUAUGACCACCAAGUUCAUGACCGACCCCGUCCGAAUCCUUGUCAAGCGUGACGAACUGACGCUGGAAGGCUUGAAGCAGUACUUUAUCGCUGUGGAGAAGGAGGACUGGAAGUUUGACACCCUUUGCGAUCUUUACGAUACCCUUACCAUUACCCAGGCCGUCAUCUUCUGCAACACUCGACGCAAAGUUGACUGGCUGACGGACAAGAUGCGCGAGGCCAACUUUACAGUCAGCAGCAUGCACGGCGAAAUGCCCCAGAAGGAGCGCGAUAGCAUUAUGCAAGACUUCCGUCAAGGCAAUAGCCGUGUUCUAAUCUCUACCGAUGUUUGGGCUCGCGGUAUCGAUGUGCAGCAAGUGAGCUUGGUCAUCAACUACGAUUUGCCUAGCAACCGCGAGAACUACAUCCAUCGUAUUGGCCGUAGCGGUCGCUUCGGUCGCAAGGGCGUUGCCAUCAAUUUUGUGACUACGGAUGAUGUUCGCAUUCUUCGCGACAUCGAGUUAUACUACUCGACUCAGAUUGACGAAAUGCCCAUGAAUGUCGCUGAUCUGAUUGGGGCUUAA